UAAGGUAGGCCUAAGAAACAGGAAAAAUCCGCAAUUGAAGCAGAUUCGGUUAGUUUGUCCAUUUUGUGGGCGUGGGCGUGUGUGAGUGCAUUUUGGCGUUUGCAGGUGGAUGAUGUGAUGACGAUGAUGGGGUGCAAAUUUUCCGAGGGAGCCGUGUUCCGGCGGAUGAGGCUUCGGCCGCUCCUCCUCCAACAGGUUGCAGCCAUGAGGGCAUGCCGCCCUUCCAAAAAGAGCCUUCUUUUGGAACAAAAACCUUCCGUCACCAAUUCCCACCUUGCACAACCUCAAGACAGAAUGAUCAGCGCCUGUCCCUCAUCGCCCAGUUUCCGAAUAUUUUUCGAGGAUGCUGCUACACAUGCCCAUCAACAACAAAUUGGUAAAAAUGAGGCACACGAUGCCGCCCCGUCCAAGCAGGAGAAAAGUGUGCAGAAGAAAGUGAAGAGAAAGAUGAAGAGGCACAUUAAAAGUGCGAUGAGAAAGAGAAGAGAAGCAGUGAAGAAGCUAACCAUGGAAGCGCACCACUACUUUUAAUUAGCCUUGAGUACCUUUCUCUUUUCUUUUUUUUCUCUCCUUGUACAUAUAUAGUGUACAAUCUAUUUUCUACUUCCAAACACGAUUUAAGCUCUUUACUAUGUACAUACUAUACAAUUAUUACUAUGUUGGAAUAAACUAUUCCUAGUUGCACAGUCCACAUCAAA